UUGUACACAGUUGUACGCGUCGUCGUGCGCAGAAAGUGGAAAAAACUCACCAGGAAAAAGCCCGAAAACCAAUCCUCUCCAUCCGCGCCGCAGCAGAGCACAGCCGCGGACAUUCAGGUCCGCGAAUUUCCCCGAAUUCAACACCCGCCGCCGCGGAGCGGGGCGCGUUUAGCCUGUAGCGCCGCAGGCAGCAGCAGCAAAGGGGGGUCCCGCGCGGCGGCCGAAAGGGAAGACGAGGCGCAACAAAUCCCCCCAAAAAGCAGAGAUCCGAGAGAGCGACGAAGCGACGACCCGCGGACUGGAGGCAGGCAGGGCAGGCAAGCGGGCGGAGGCCUCCAAGCGGAGAGAGAGCGCGAGGAGGAGCCAUGUCCGCGUCUUCCCCUCCUCCUCCUCCUGCCCCCGCCGACGCGGAGGCGGUUCCGCUCUUCUACUGCUACGAGUGCGAGUCCACCGUGUCGCUGCCCCCGCCUCCCCCGCCGCCGUCCCGCCCGCUCUUCUGCCCGCGCUGCCGCGGCGAGUUCCUCGAGGAGGAGAACCCUAACCCUCCUCCGGAGCCGGAGGAGGAGGAGGAGGUGUCGUCCCCUCCCCCGCCCCCGCCUCCUCCCCCCGGCUUCCUCUCCGACUCCUCCUCCGAUGACGAGGAGGGCGGGGACCUCGACCUCGGGAUGGGGGGCAUGGACGCCGCCGCCGCCCGCGCCUACCUCAGCCGCCUCGUCCACCACCACCUCUACGACGACGAGCCCAUCGACGUCGCGGCCGCCGCGGUGUCCCUGCUGCAGCGGAGCGGCCUCCACCAGGGCGGCGGCGGCGGCGAGAGCGCCCCGGCCGCCGCCGCGUCCAUCGCCGCGCUGCCCACGGUCGAGGUGUCCGAGCCCGCCACGGCCUGCGCCAUCUGCAAGGACGACCUCCCCCUCGCUGCCCCCGCCCGGAGGCUCCCCUGCGGCCACCUCUACCACUCCGAAUGCAUCGUGCAGUGGCUGGAGAUGCGCAACUCCUGCCCCGUCUGCCGCUCCCGCCUCCCGUCCGACGAGCCCCAGGACGCGGCGGCGCCGUCUGACCCGGGCCCCGCGCCCAUGCGGAUCACGAUCAGGCUCAGCACCAACCGACGACGCGUCCGCACCAGCAGCGAUGCGGCUCCGCCCGUCGCGGCGUCGCCCACCCAGCUCGCGCAGGCCGUGACCGGGGAAGGAGGUGGUGGACCUGCGAAUAGCACGGAGACUGUGUCGUCUGAGUGGCCACCGCCCUCUGAGUCCGAUGCCGUCAUGUCAGACGCCCGUGAGGGCCAGAGAUUCUUCGAUUGAACCAGAGCUUAGAGAUGCAGGUGAUAAGGAAGCUGUUGUUAGCUGUCAACCAAGAAGAGUAGAAAGAAGGCAACCAUAUGCCCUAGUUCUUUGAGGUUUCUGCUUUUGCUUGAGCUAGUUGCCUCAGCAAAAGCACCUUUCUCGCCGGAUAAAGGCUUAUUGAUAGAUGGUCGAAUUAAGUUGUCCUAUGAAGAGACCAAGGGCAUCGUUGCAUUGCUUCUCAAUACCUUGUACAUUGGUCAAACUUGUUUCUUUUAGCAAUUAGCAAUAAAUAUAUGUAUACAUGGUUGUGUUUGUACUUUACCGGUUACUCUUCAACUUGAGGCAGGAUAUAGAUGAGAACCUACUGGUGUCUCCAUUGCACUCUA